AUGGUUGACUACAAAACAAAGUAUGAUUUUGAACAGAAGAUAAAAAUAGCCGAAUACGAAAAAAGAAAUCUAUUAAAAGAAAUUCGAAUGCCGCUUACAUUAUCAAACAGCCGAUAUUACAUUAUUGGUUUUAACCCCUAUAGUGAUUUCGCAAUUACAGUAAAGUUGUGUAAACAAGGCCUAGAAUAUGACGGACUCAUUUUUACAGAGAAAGAGUUUAAUGAGCUUAUCCGCGUUCUACCAGAUGUUAUUGAUAAUAAAAGAGAUGAAGUCGAAGUUUCAAAAUAUUUUAUUACAACUCUAGCGAAUAAUCGGACAUUAGCUGGCUUAGACUCUUUGUUAUCCUAUGGCAUGAGGGGUUUCAACGAUGAAGAUAGAGUUGGCAUUGUCUUCACCAAUGCUGAAUUCCCUGAUAAACCCUUGGCAAUUUCAUUAAGAAAAAAAAGCCAGAUAAAUGCGAGUGUUAUUCUAGAUAUAAUGGGGAUGGUACUACAGAGCAACUCCAGCUUUUUCACGAACAAUCAGCUCACUGCGGCCAUCGACAGGAUCGAACUUCCAACUGGUAUGGGUAGGAUUUCAUUAAAAGAAGCUACAAAAAUUGAUCCUUUUCAAGAAGCAACCACUAUAGCUAGCGUUUGUAAUAAAGUAUUUAGAAGAAACUUUCUAGAACCCAAUACCAUUGGAAUUAUUCCUACUGAUGGGUAUAGAAUGAAAGAUAAAUCUUCUCAAAUAGCACUUAAGUGGUUGUGUUGGCAAGAGAGUUUAUUUCCAGGUCUUAAGCACGGCGGAAAUAGUCAGGAAGUAAGGCUUAAAGAGAAUCUCUUAGUCGAUGGUUUUUGUGCGAUCACUAACACUGUUUUUGAGUUCGAUGGCUGUUACUAUCACGGCUGCGAAAAAUGUUAUCCUCAGCAGACUUCAUCUUUUCGAGAUUCCACAAACAAAAAUGAACAAAUGUUUUUUAGGCGCGAUAAAACUCAAGCUAAGCAUAAAAGAAUUUUAGAUGCGGGAUAUAAUCUAAAAUCGAUCUGGGAGUGUGAGUUUCGAAAGUUGUUAAAAACUGAUGAAGACGUUAUAGCUUGUGUUAAUAAUAAUUAUAAAAAAUACUCCCAGCAGCCCUUAAAUCCUCGCGAUAGCUUCUUUGGCGGUCGCACAAAUGCCGUAAAACUUCAUCAUAAAAUAUCAAACAUUGGUGAUGAAAAAAUACACUAUUACGAUAUGUGUUCCUUAUACCCCUUUAUAAAUAAAUACAAAAAAUAUCCCAUUGGGCAUCCUAAAAUUCAUAUCGGUAACGAAGAGUGCAAAAAAUUGUCAAUGGACACGGUAGAUGGUAUUAUUAAAUGUUCGAUUCUUCCACCUAGAAAUUUAUAUCACCCAGUUCUACCGUAUAAAUGUAACAAUAAACUUAUGUUCCCCCUAUGUAAAGCAUGUGUAGAGUCAAUGUACCAGGGGCAAUGUAUACACACAGAGGAGGAGCGUAAGUUUACAGGUACCUUCGUGGCCGAUGAAUUAAGGAAAGCUGUUUCAUUAAAUUAUAAAAUCCUUGAAAUUUAUGAGGUAUGGGAAUAUAAAGUGAGUCAAUUCAAUCGGAAAACUAAGUGUGGAGGGUUGUUUUCAAAAUAUGUAGAUACGUUUUUAAAAAUAAAACAAGAAUGUUCUGGUUGGCCGGCAUGGUGCACUACAGAGACGUUAAAAGACGAGUAUAUUCAAGCAUAUUUUAAGCAUGAAGGUAUUCUCUUGGAUAAAUCAAAAAUAUGUAAUAACCCUGGAAUGAGAUUUAUUGCUAAAUUAAUGUUAAAUAGUUUUUGGGGUAAAUUUGGCCAGAGAGAAAAUUUAAUGCAAACAUCAAUAAUUACUGACCCCCUUGAACUAUUUAAGUUUUUAACAACCCCCUCUAUUGUUGUUAACAAUAUGGUUGUUAUUAGUGAUGAAGUGCUUCUUUUGUGCUGGAAUAAACCAGAAGAAGCAGUUCUACCAUUGACAACUGUUAAUGUCGCAGUGGCAGCGUAUACUACGGCUAUGGCCCGAUUAGAACUUUACUCGUAUUUAGAAAAACUUGAUAGGAGAGUACUUUACUUUGACACAGAUAGUAUUAUAUUCACACAUAAAGAGGGGGAUUGGCUACCCCCCGUAGGCGACUAUUUGGGUAUGUUAACAGACGAAAUAACUGAAUACGGCCCUGGUAGUAAAAUUACGGAGUUUGUUAGCGGUGGACCUAAAAAUUACGCCUAUAGAGUUUAUAUAGCAAAUAAGAAAGAAUAUAAAUCUAUAUGCAAAGUAAAGGGUAUAACUCUUAAUUCAAAAAAUAGUGCAAACGUAAAUUUUGAAACUCUGAAAGCCAUGGUAUGCGAUAAUGCAGAGCCUACAUAUGUACAUAACAAUCGUAAAAUUUGUAUAAAACCAAAUUACGAUGUAAUAUCGCGACCUGAGCCAAAAAUUUACAGAAUAGGCUAUAAUAAAAGGCGAAGACUAGAUAACAGCUACGACACCGUUCCGUACGGCUACCAGGAAGAAAUCGGCUAUACCGCUGCAACUAAUGGAAAUAAAGAGGCGGAUCAAGAACUUGACGACCUAUUGUUCACGUACCUAAAAGAACUUACCUCUAACCCUAUAGACGAUGGAAUUAAAGAGGUAAACAAUAAUUUUUUUAAAUAA